GGUAACUCUCAGUUCCUGUCGCGAAACAUGGUGUUGCAUGAGGUCGACCCAUAAACUAGAAGUUGAGAUUUUUUCAAGUUAGUCAUGUUUCGCUCUGUGCUUAUCGGUCUGAGACGACCUUUCACCUGUGUUGUUCCUUUGAUGAGGCUGCAGCCAGUCUGUCCAGGUGGAUGUGGACAGACAGCAGUUCUUCACUCGUCUCCACUGCUAACAGUCCUGGACAAGGACAACCGGCAUAAAAAGUUCUUGUUAGCCCAGAAAACGGAACCUCUUUCUGGUGAUGAAAACAUCGAGGUGGAAGAAUUUCGCCCCGGCUCGGUGUAUCCGACAAUGGAGACUGCAGGGAUGCUGGUAGAUGGGGUCAGGUUUGACAAGCUUCACAUCGUCCAUGUCAAGGCCACACACAACAACACAAUCGUCACUCUCACAAAUGGGGAAGGAAUGGCGAUGGCCAGUGAAAGUGGGGGCUCUGUGGGGUUUCGGAACACCAGGAAGGGGACCAAUGUUGCCGGACAGGCAGCUGCUUUGGCACUUGGAGAGAAAGGAGUGUCCAAAGGAGUGACCAAGGUUCGUGUCAGCAUCAAGGGCAUUGGACCGGGCAGAAUGCCUGCCCUGAAAGGACUGCAGAUGGCAGGCCUGACCGUUGUCUCCAUCACAGAUGCCACUCCACUGCCCUUCAAUGGAAACCGACCUGCAUGAAGAGAGGCGCCUGCUGUAGUGGAUGUGUGUGGUUUCCCUUGUGUCAUCAGUGAAUCCCAAGUGUAUGUCAGCGCGUGACCUGGACCUGUACAGACAAUGUCACGGUUGUUUUAACACUGCAUAUAGAAGUAUGCACACAUUCAGAUAUCACUCUCUCACCAGGUUCAGGAACAUCCCUGGCUUCCAUAGGUGUUCCAUUAAUUUGAACAUUUACCAUUUGAACAUUUUUCAGUUUUAUUGAGCCCUGUAAAAUAUGAAUUCUUAGCCAGUUCACCUGACAAGACAGUUGAGCUUAAAUCAUUGUUUGUGCAGCAGAAGUUUGCAUCUGAUCUGGCAACCAUAUUGGAAAAUAAUCUGUUUUCAGAAUGGGAUGAACUUUGGUUACCUGUAUAUGCUGUUAUAAGUGGCUGGGACACUGAGAGAGUUUUAAGAAAUCAAAUUGUUUUAUCAAACCGAGUUAAUAGCUACUAAGCAAUGACAUAUAACUUGCCUUUAUUCAGUUGGUUUCUGAGCAUGAACCAGUAUACUCUAUUGUUAAUGCCCCAGUCAAUGAGUGCCAUGUAGAUAGUAUGUUAAUGUGCACUGUAAUAUUUUAUGGUGAUACAAAACAAUAAAUUACAGUGUGGUGACUGUU